UCAUUCAAUAUUUUCUGGCGUGACUCAGAGAUCGUAGUAGGUUAUCAGUUGCAGAAUUUAGUUUGAUAGCUGAAAAGGAAUGUAAAUGUUGGAAAUCUCGGUUGUGUUGAUGAUUCACCAUUAACCAGACAAGAAUUCUAAUUCAUUAUAGAAGAAGAAGUGAAAAUGACUAUUGAAUACAUACUUCAAGGAAGGAUGAAGCAAAUUUUGCUGCUCAUUUUCGCUGUUCAGAUAUCAACAAUUGCUACAGAGGAAGCUUUGAACUGUGCUGUCUACGAAAAGAAGUAUGUCUGUUUAAAUUCCACACUUAUCCGAAUUUCGGAAUCUGAUGGAAUCCUCAAAGGAAAUACGUUUCCUAAAAUGUCUUCUAUUCAGAGCAUGGAGUUUAUGAUGAAUAAUUUAACCGAUAUUGAACCAAUGUUUUUCUCGAAAUUCCCAAACUUGACAGAGCUGACAAUAAGAGGAAAUAAUAAAUUUCCCAAUAUUACAAGAAAUUUACUCAAACAUUGUAAUCAUUUGAUUACUUUGAAGAUAUAUUUCAAUUUGAAAUUAAAUCACAUUGAUGAAAACGUUCUGAGAAACUUUCCCCGGCUUAAACAACUGCUUAUAAGAUCGGAGAGAAUACAACAUUUGAGAAAGCAUGAUUUUCAGGUAGCAACUAAUUUGAGAGUUUUGGAAUUAGAUUUGACUACUUUGAAAAAAAUUGAUGGAAAUGCAUUCGAACCAAUAAGAGACUUAGAAAAAUUAUCCCUGAUGGCGAAUAAUUUUUUGAAAAUCAAGAAUGAAAUAUUCAAUUCGAUUCCACAACUAGUAGAACUAAAUCUUAUAUACGCAGAUAUAACAGAUCUUAGUUUUCUCAGAAAACUACCAAAGCUGCAAAUUUUAAAACUAGCCGGUAAUAAAAUAUCCAGUAUAUCUGCAGAUAUCUUGGAAGGAUUGAAUAAUCUUCGAGAAUUAGAUUUAGCUCACACUGGGAUAAAACACAUUGAUACUAGUCCCAGUUUCUUCAAAAAUGUUCCCAAUCUGAAAAAAAUUGAUAUCACUUGUCAUGACUUAACAGAAGAAUUGUUUGUAUUCGUAAAAUUGGUUGAGCAUGGCAUAGCUUUGUUUGAUAGAUAUAGAGGCAAUGAAAGAAUGCUUUCUUGCUCAUUUGAUUGAAUUCCCUUGACAAGGACAAUAAAUGAUAAUAUUAAUCUGUACAGGGUUAUUACUAGAGUGAAAAAUUACAAGAACGAUAAACGAUAAUAUGUAUAUUUAUAUAGGGUUAUUUUUAAGGUGAAAAAUAAAUAUUUCUCUUCUUAUAAAA